GCCUUCCAAUCUUUUGGGUUUUCAUUUCGCAAAGGAAUCAUUUUUCCCUUUGCCAUUCGAAUUUCUUCCCCUUCGGAUCGAAAGGCCAUUUUUUUUUCUUUUAAUUUUUCUUAUUAAUUCUCAUUCGUUUUCAAUUCUUCAUAGACUCUCCCAGCCAAAUUCACCGUAGACAUGGAAAAGUUAUAAUAUAAUUUUGCAUUUUAAAAGUCUUCCGUUAAAACAAAAAAUCGAAAUUUUGAUCGGUUCUAGCGAAUUGUGUCACGCGUUCAAUUGGGUAGCCGAAUUUGAGGUUGAGGAAUCGUGGGUGUACGAGGAAUUUCGCUUUUGUGGUUGUUAGGCCUCGGUUAUGACCAUGGUGAAGCCUUGUGUUUUUGCGUUGUGCUGUUGAUUGUUAGAAACGGUGCCGUUUGGUUGUGACAGUUGGAGAGAAGCUGGGGACUUGGGGUGCUCGAAACGACGCCGUUGGCGGUGGCGAAAUGGACUGUAGGGUUUGUGUUUCCCCCGGCGGCGAUUUGUGGGUGAGGGUUGGUGGCGGAGGCGGCCAGAUCGGUGGUGGGUUUAGCCAUGAGAGCGAACAUGACUUGGCUUUGAUGGUUAGUGAUUUUUUAGAGAAUGGAAGCAGUGGUGCCGAGUCUUGGUGCAGCAGUGAUAGCGAUUCUGGUCUCUCUGAUUUUGCUCACCUAGCUGAGAAGAUUCAGAUCUGUAAGCUAUCGGUGGCUCAACAUGAGAGUGACUUGCUUUCUGUUGUUCAUUCCCUCAUACGAUCAAUGAAUGAGACCAACCUUCAAGUUAUGAAUUCUGGUCCUUGUUAUGCUAGCUGUAUCAGGUUUUAUCUGGUGAAAUUGAUGAGACUUUCUGGCUAUGAUGCUGGUGUUUGUGCAUCUAAAUGGCAGGGUAGUGGCAGGGUCCCUGGAGGUGAUCAUGAAUACAUUGAUGUUGUGGUCGAAAAUAACUCUGCAAGCUCAGAGCGAUUGAUUGUUGAUAUAGAUUUCCGAAGCCACUUUGAAAUAGCUAGAGCUGUUGAUUCGUAUGAUAGGAUACUGAAUUCGCUUCCGGUUGUUUACGUGGGUUCCUUUACCAGGCUGAAACAAUUUCUUGGAAUAAUGGAGGAGGCUACUAGAUCUUCUUUGAAGCAGAAUUCUAUGCCCCUUCCUCCAUGGAGAUCUUUAGCAUAUUUGCAAGCCAAGUGGCAAUCACCAUACGAAAGAUAUACAAAUUCAGAAGGAAAUAACAUUAGCGAAGGCAAUUGCUUCGACCAUGAACAAUGCCGUGAACAUUUGAAGAGGCUGCAAUCAUGUCUUCAAUCAGGAAUGGAAGUGGAGCGAAUGUUGAAGGCUAGAAGCAGUGAAAGUAAUUGGAGGAUGAAGCCUGAUAGAUGGAGGCAUUCCUUGUUCAGGCCCAUUUGACAUGUACAGAUUUUGGCUUUAUUCAAGUUCUCAAGAGAUGAUCAAGUGAAUGAAAAAGAUACAGAAUUUUGUGGCUUUUUUAACCUCCUCAAAAUCUUCCUUUAGCUACCUAAUAAGUCUGGUUCACAAGAGACAGGUUCAUAUAGGAAUCCUUAGCAACAAUAAACCAUUCUAUAAUGCAUCAGUUCUUUGUUUCUUGUCUGGGUUUGAGGUGUCACAAUUGCUAAGUCAAAGUUUUGGUUGGUGCACAGCCACUGUCACAAGGCUCUGUGGACCAUUUAUGUCUUAUAAUUAUUCCUUGCCUCGUAUAUUUGUUGGGUCUGGGAAUUUUAGUACCAUAUGUUCUGUUCCAAUCUUUCAAUAUAUAUUCUUAUGAUUAAUUUUGAGUGAUGAACAAAAAUAUUUUCCAUUUUGUUACAGUUAAUAACUAAUAAAAAGACCACUUUCAACUUGU